UGCUCUCACUGUGCUGUCGGCUCUCCGACGCCGGGGGGCGCUCCCUCCCCUGAUCCUUCUCGGGGGUCUGAUGGCAGGAUGGCGGAGGCAGGGGGACCGGAGUCCGCCGCGGCCCGGUGCCCGGACGAGUCAUCGGACAGCGAGCCAGAGCAAGAGCCCGGAACUCCGCAGAAACUCAUUCGAAAAGUGUCCACAUCCGGCCAGAUCCGCAGCAAGACUGUGUUGAAGGAGGGAAACCUGAUGAAACAAACCAACUCAUUCCAGCGCUGGAAGAGACGAUACUUCAAACUGAGAGGGAGGACCCUGUACUACGCUCAGACCGCCAAGUCGAUAAUCUUUGAUGAAGUGGAUCUGACUGACGCCAGCGUCGCUGAGUCGAGCACCAAGAACGUCAACAACAGCUUCACUGUCAUCACCCCCUGUAGACGUGUGAUUCUUUGUGCGGACAACAGGAAGGAGAUGGAGGAGUGGAUGGCAGCUCUGCGCAGCGUUCAGAACAGACAAAACUAUGAGUCUACCCAGUACAGCAUGGACCACUUCAGUGGGAUGCACAACUGGUACGCCUGCUCUCACGCCAGACCGACGUACUGUAACGUCUGCAGAGAGGCUCUGUCAGGAGUCACAUCACAUGGCCUGUCCUGUGAAGUGUGUAAGUUUAAGGCCCAUAAACGCUGUGCAGUCAGAGCCACCAACAACUGUAAAUGGACCACACUGGCUUCUAUUGGGAAGGACAUUAUCGAGGACGAGGACGGGGUGUCGAUGCCUCAUCAGUGGUUAGAGGGGAAUCUCCCGGUCUCAGCUAAAUGCAACGUCUGUGAUAAAACGUGCGGCAGCGUCCUCCGUCUGCAGGACUGGCGGUGUCUCUGGUGUAAAGCCAUGGUGCACUCCGGCUGUAAGGAGCAGCUGUCCUCUAAGUGUCCUCUGGGUCAGUGCAAAGUGUCCGUCAUCCCUCCGACAGCGCUCAACAGCAUUGACUCUGACGGUUUCUGGAAGGCAUCGUGUCCUCCAUCAUGCACCAGUCCUCUGCUGGUGUUUGUCAAUUCUAAAAGCGGAGACAAUCAAGGCGUUAAGUUCCUGCGACGCUUCAAACAGCUGCUGAACCCCGCACAGGUGUUCGACCUGAUGAACGGAGGACCACACCUGGGGCUGCGGUUAUUCCAGAAGUUUGAUACGUUCAGGAUCCUGGUGUGUGGAGGAGACGGGAGCGUCGGAUGGGUUUUGUCAGAGAUCGAUGCCCUUAUGCUGCACAAACAGUGUCAGCUGGGUGUUCUUCCUCUGGGGACUGGGAAUGAUCUGGCCCGGGUACUGGGCUGGGGUUCAGCCUGCGACGAUGACACUCAGCUGCCUCAGAUACUGGAAAAACUGGAGAGAGCUAGCACCAAGAUGUUAGACAGAUGGAGCAUCAUGGUCUACGAGACCAAGUUUCCACGGCAACACUCUGCCUCCACCGUCACCGAGGACUGCAGUGAUGACUCCGAGGUUCAGCAGAUUCUGACAUAUGAGGACUCAGUGGCUGCUCACCUGUCCAAGAUCCUGACCUCAGACCAGCACUCCGUCGUCAUCUCCUCCGCUAAGGUUCUGUGUGAGACGGUGAAGGACUUUGUGGCUCGUGUUGGUAAGGCUUACGAGAAGAACACAGAGAGCUCAGAGGAGUCAGAGGCCAUGGCCAAGAAGUGCGGAGUCUUGAAGGAGAAACUGGACUCUCUGUUGAAGACUCUGAACGAGGAGUCUCAGGCCUCCACCGUCCUCCCCCCGGCCCCCCCGCCCACCAUCGCUGAGGAGCAGGAGGAGGUCGAUGGAGUCGUAUUGCCUCCCCCCGUCCAUCAUCCGCCUCCACCUCCUCCUCACGCCCCGCCCAGCUCUGCUCCGUGCUCCCCACGCACCAACGCCACCUCCUCCUCCUCAUCUGCAGCCGCCAUCUUUAAACCCAGAGAGCAGCUGAUGCUGAGAGCCAACAGUCUGAAGAAAGCCAUCAGACAGAUCAUCGAGCACACAGAGAAAGCUGUAGACGAGCAGAACGCUCAGACUCAGCAGCAGCAGGUUUUCUCUCUGAGUCGAGCUGAGGAGGACGAGGGUCUGGUGGAAGAGGAAGAGGAAGAGGAGCUGGAGGACGAUAAGAUGUCUCUGCAGUCGUCCUACAGCGCCAAACACCGCAACACACGCAGAGUAAGUAAGACGCCCUGUGAGAAGCUGAUCAGUAAAGGCAGUCUGUCACUGGGCAGCUCUGCGUCACUUCCUGUCCAGACAGGAAGCAGGGAGAACAUGCCCAUGCUUAACGCAAAGAUCCUCUAUCCUGGUCUCAGAGCAGGUAUCUCAGGCUCGCUGUCCAGCAGCUCUGUGAUCAGUCGACUGUUGGUGAACGCCGACCCGUUCAGCUGCGACCCUGAUAAUAUGGACUGCUAUACUGAGAAAUGUGUGAUGAACAACUACUUUGGUAUCGGACUGGACGCUAAAAUCUCUCUGGACUUCAACAACAAGAGAGAUGAACAUCCAGAGAAAUGCAGGAGUCGGACUAAGAACAUGAUGUGGUACGGAGUACUGGGAACCAAAGAGCUGCUGCACAGAACCUACAAGAACCUGGAACAGAGAGUUUUACUGGAGUGUGAUGGGCGUCCCAUCCCUCUCCCCAGCCUGCAGGGUAUUGCAGUGUUGAACAUCCCGAGUUACGCUGGAGGAACCAACUUCUGGGGAGGAACCAAAGAGGACGAUACAUUCACUGCUCCGUCCUUUGAUGAUAAGAUUCUGGAGGUGGUGGCCGUGUUCGGCAGCAUGCAGAUGGCUGUGUCCCGAGUCAUCAACCUGCAGCACCACCGCAUCGCACAGUGUCGGAUGGUGAAGAUCACCAUUCUUGGAGACGAAGGUGUCCCGGUUCAGGUGGACGGGGAGGCGUGGAUCCAGCCGCCAGGUUACAUCAAGAUUAUCCACAAGAACCGAACCCAGACCCUGACGAGAGACCGAGUGAGUACUACAGCCAAGGCCUUUGAGAGCACCCUGAAGUCGUGGGAGGACAAACAGAAGUGCGAGUUUCCCCGGACUCCCCCCCCUCAGCCCCCACAGCCCCCCCUCUCCUCCCAGCCAGAGAUCGUCUCUGAGGAAGAGGCCUCGCUCGUCAGCGAGUUCGGUCAGGCAGCAGGAGCGCUCAUACACAGUAUUCGUGAGGUUGCUCAGUCUCACCACAGUUUGGAACAGGAACUGGCUCAUGCUGUCAACGCCAGCUCAAAGGCCAUGGACGUUGUCUACGCCAACUCCAAGAGCUCCGGGGCUCUGAGCUGCAGUGUGGUGGUUCACAUGGUCAGUAACGUCAAAGCUUUACUCAGUGAGACGGAACUGCUCCUGGCCGGAAAGAUGUCCAUGCAGUUGGAUCCUCCUCAGCAGGAGCAGUUGAAUGCGGCUCUGAACUCUGUGGCUCAGCAGCUCCGUCGGCUGACUGAUGUUCCCUGGUUGUGUCCCGUCAUCGACCCCUCAGACCACGAGGGUCCUCUGACGGACUUUUCAAAGCGCAGUCGGAGCGCCAAGUUUCGUCUCGUCCCAAAGUUCAAGAAGGACAAAAACAACAAGAACAAGGAGACCUGUGCGACUCUCUCACUGCCAGUUCACCAGUGGGGGACAGAGGAGGUGGGGGCGUGGCUGGACUUCCUGUGUCUCACUGAGUAUAAGGACAUCUUUAUCGGACAUGACGUCCGCGGAGCUGAACUCAUCCACCUGGAGAGGAGGGACCUGAAGGACCUGGGGGUGACGAAGGUGGGUCAUAUGAAGAGGAUCCUGCAGGGCAUCAGAGAGCUGAACAGGAACAGCAGUGCCAGCGAGGCCUGACUGCUGCCAGAGACCACGGCCUACUCUCCCCCUACCUCUGCUGCUACCAACCACCUCAUCCACCCGACCUGACCUCUGACCUCUGACGUCUGACCCUGAACCACAACCAGGUCCAUGGCACCAUACAUGAAGACCCACUGUGACUGGACCGGGACCAGGACUUGUUUUGUCUGUGCAGAGCGCUGGUUCUCAAAAAACUGACCAGAUCCCCUCGCCGUGUUUCCCCAGAGACCAGCUGGAGAAAGAAAGAACCAAUCAGAUGAUCCACUCGUGCCUUGUCAUCUCACCCACCGGCCAAUCAGCAUCCAGGAUGUGAAGGGUGAGGGUGUAGGUCUUCGGCCUACAGACAAUUAAAGGGCUGCACAAGAGCCAUAUGCAGAUGGAGCUGAGACAACAUGGCUGACAGAUCAGAUCAAAGUCUGCCAUCUGUGGCCGGUCCACAUCCGCACGAGUCACUGCACACUGUAAAAAAUAAUCUCCAUCUUAACAGUUGGCUGCUGGUUCUUCUUGCUGAGCUGACCCACGAAAGCUAAAGGACUAAAACAGUAAAAAUCUGCCUGAGAAGAAAUGAUCAGAUCUUUAAAGGGACUGACCGUGUGAAUCUUUUUGUUUUCGGUCACAGCUUUUGACAAAAGACUUUCUGCAAGAAGGCUGCAGUAAAAUUAAAAUCAAAUUAUCUUGAAACAAGUUAAACCAACACAGACGAUUGCAGUCAUGUUCAGCUACAUGUUCGUUUAAUGUCUGACUCCAGUGACAGAACGUAGGAGUCGGUAAAAGGACCCAUUAAUUGUUAAGCUGGAGAUUUUUUGCAGUGUUGGCCCUAAAGCCCUCAGCAGUGACUCUAAGACUCCUGGACAGUUUGGCUGAUUUCCUGCCCUCAUUAUAAAACUAAAAACUGACCCUGGAUCAGUUUUUGGACACGUGGAUGAUGCUGGAUUAGGGUUGAGGUCCAGGAUUCUGGUGCAUCACCCCAUUGAUCGCGAGUCUGACAUGACUCCAAAAACAGACAUGACUUUCCAGAUAUAAGCCACCACUGGGCCGGGUGGUUUUGGCUUUCUUUGAUCUACCUGCCAUCAGACUCUUUAACUCGGGCUCGCCUGACCAGCCGACCAAUCAGAACAUCCUCUGGUCCCUGACAUGCGGGAUCGGGAUGCAGCAGAACCCUUUAAACUUUUAGCCAUUUCAGCAGCUCAGAGACUUGAGAGGAACAUUUACUAGAACUGUUUUACGUCCCCAGUCUGCCAAACGGGAACACAGUGACUUUAUGAAACAAAGUGUGGAACACCUGAGGGGACGGACACCUGACAGCGUAGAGAUUUUGUCCCUCCUGCUGUGCAGACGGAAUGCAGGAUCACAGAGAACAGACUGAAGGACUGACAGAGUUUCAUACUAAAACAUAUUUAUUUCUCCCGUAAAGCGCAGUUGAUGUUCAGUUCAGUUCAGUUGGUGUUUAUAAGAAACAGGAUGUGGUAAAAAUUGACGAGGGGACGUCAGGAGAGACGCUCCCGAGCCCAUCAGGUGGUCGAUGAAAACAAGCUGCGUUUCCUGUCUGAUGAUGUUUUACUGUUUCUGUCUCUCUCUCUCUCUCUCUCUCUCUCUCUUCCUCCUCCCUCUCUCUGUCUGUCUGUCUGUCUGUCUGUCUGUCUCUCUCUCUCUCUCUCUCUCUCUCUCUCUCUCUCUCUCUCUCUUCCUCCCUCUCUCUGUCUGUCUGUCUGCAGGUUUGUUAUCUGGUGUUGAUUUUAUGUCUCAACUAGAAAAAUUAGGAGUUUCCUUCAAACCAGCAGGGCCCAGGGUCCAGUGUCCAGGGUCCAGAACCGUUUCAGGGACCAAACAAACGUAUUUUCAUAUUUUGACUUGUUGGUGUAGAAAUCAGAGAAAACUCUUUUUCAGAUUUGUUCUGUAUAUCAGUAUAUCAGAACCAGGUUUUCUGAGCUUUGGUGGACUGAUCGCUCUCAGUCCAGUGACCUGAUCUGGGUCUGACCUGGGGAUUUCCUCGUGUUUUUAAUAGCCUUAACUCCAGCUGAUAUAAGAAGCUGACGAAGUGGCCGACAGAACAUUCAGCAGUGACGGUUAAUAAAUCGUUUUCUCAGCUCCUCCGGUUCGAGGUUUUGCUGCGUAAGUUUGACGCCGUUGUGGGUUUUUGACAGUUCAGAUGUGUUUCAGAUUUUUCUAUUUUUUUUUUUUUUAAAUGAAAAGUUAAGUGACAUUUUCCUCGACUAAAAGCAUCAGCUUAACCAAAACAAAAACCUGGACGCUGUGAAAAGUUAAAUGCAGGGUUUCUGAUCGUAGACGUGGUGGGCCAUCCUGAUCCGGUUCAUGUACAGAACAGCCUAAAAACAAGCCACAUUUAUUAAAUGUAAGAUCAUUUUGUGUUGUGUUUAAUGUCACUACAGCGUAUUGAUUUUGAUGGUAAGCCCCUGCCAUGUGAAUCAGGUUGUUUCGUGUUAUGAAGCAGCCAGAUCAAAACCUCAAAUGUCAAAAAAGCCCUUUAAUGUGCAAAGGAAGAGAAUCUUUGCUGGACUGUGAUGGAUCCAGGUCUGUGUGAAUCAGGGUCAAACCUGAUCGGCAGUGACUUCGUGUUUACAGGAGAAAACUGAAACUUACAGUUGGACUCCGGUGAUGUUGAGACAAAACCAAACUUUAUUAAACGAUGCCUUAAAUCUCCCAUCGAUCACAUAUCUGGUAAAGUCAGACCUCAGCUUCACUCUGCUCACUCCGUUCAGUGUUAGAUAUGCAGGAAAUAUAUUUAACAAAAGCAGUCGCUGCCUUCAGUCUCUGUGCCUCAUGACUUAACCCUCACGGUCUUUCCUAAACUGCAAGACAAGACUCAGAAGGACUCUGAUGUUUUGUUAUUGAGCUGCUAACCGAUGUUAUCAUGAUUUCAUUCAAGUGAUUGCAUUUCAGUUUUAUUUAUGCACACAACAUAAUGAUGAUACACGUUAUAAAGCCCCAAAAGAUUAGAUACUUCAUGAACUCGUACACGCGUUAUCUGGAUCAUAUCAUGUGCUCGGAAGUUUGUCAGUUCUGUUAUUUACUUGUCCAUCCACCAUCUUGAUCUGUAUCAAGUGUGUCUCUCGAUCAUGUCUGAACAAGUGAAUAAGCUAAGCUCACAUCAUGGAUCAAGGUUUGUUGCUGCAAAUGUUGUGUCUUGCUUGCAGAAGACCUAAAUCUUAAAUCAAGACAAGACAGACGAGUUAUUGUCGUGUUCUUUGUUGUGUCCCAUGAGUUAUCCUGCCGGUUUUCAUCUAGUUUAUGUGGAUCAAGAUAUUGUUCUUACAAGGUUUGUAUCUUGCUCACAGAAGAUCCAUAUCUUGCCAAAGUUAUCUAAAAAAAAUGUCCUCAGGACCUUGAGGCUCAGUAAGAAGCUGAUAUUUUAGUUUUAGAAACUUUUCAUGUCAAACAACUACGUGAUCUUAACGUUGUUUCAGGGUCCUGAGAUGCUAACGAAUGUCACUGCAGCAGAAAUGUCUGGUUAGACCUUUGUGACUUUGAUCUAACCGGAGAGACCACGCAGGUGUUUGACAGGUGUGAAGUUAUAACUCGUGGUGUGCUAACACUUGUUAGCCUCCCGUGGCAGUCUGCAGCAGUCAGACCAUAUUUACAUUUUCUGACCAAUAACAGAUGUUUUGGUGAGAACAAAUCAGUGACCGAGUGCCUUGCUCGAGGGCUGGGGUUCAUCCUCUGCUGUUUGUCCUACAUAAUAAACACCCACAGUAAACCCGUGUUUCUACCAUGAAGUGGUCGUUUGAUCCAUCCUGUGUAUUUAUUAGAUAAUUUAUGCAUUAACAACGAUACUGUAUGCGGUCAUACCUCUGUUUGUACAUACGCCCCCUGCAGGGCUGUCAGUGUAAAUACAUUGUGUCAUGUAUAGAUAAACAUCCAAACAUCUGUAAGAAAUAAAGUCGAUGU